AUGCCUGGCGUGGCCAUUACCAUGGAUGUCUGGUCCUCGGGCCAUGGAUCUAUACACCAACAAGCCGCUAUGAACUCAAUCUCGACAUCAUCAAUUCCCCCCGGUCUCGACCCUGACCCUCUACAGUUAUCUACCACGAGUCCGGCCAUGUGCCAGCCCGCAUUUCCAGGAACAUUGUCCCUCCACCACUAUCGCAAACAACUCUCCGACAGCGACGCCUUUGCCUUUGACAGUCCAGAGGGACACAUCUUGAAGCGCAAGAACGCUGCUAUACACCUCAAUCAGACCCCGAUGUAUCCGCAUCAUUCCGCGCAUCCGUUCUCCGUGUCGUCCGCGGCAUCGAGUCCUCCCCCGUUAUCCCCGUCUUACUCGCCGAGCGCGAUGAGUGAGCAGGGACCAGAGAGUCUCCGGGGGUUUGCUUUGUCGCCAAAUGUAGAAUUACAUUCGUCGGACAGCCCGAUAUACUCUAGAUCGAACCCCCACAGACUACUGGACACAUUUCGUGACAGAUUGGAGAAAUACCCGGAUUCAAAUCCAGACCAGGAAGGGUCCUUUCAUAAGCACACCCGGACCCGCUCGGACUCAAUCCUAUUCAACAUGAAAAAUCGGACUGCAACCGUUAUUGAUCAUGGCACAUCAUUCGAGAUCGUCAAUCCUCAUGAAUCCCUCAACUUUGCUCGAAUAGUCUCAUUUAUCGAGGAUGUCGAUGCUUAUUCAGCUCGCGACUCGACCGGCCACCACCGGGAAUCUUACAUAGAGACGACUGAAGAGCGGCUGACGAUAUCUGAAGAAGAUUACCUUCGGGCCAUUGCACCGUUGAGCCCAGCGCCAGAAGAAGAUGAACAGAAAGUCCACGAAGAGCUCGUGGGCGAUACUCCGCACCAGCCCAUACCAUCCAUCUCCGAGCGCCUACAGAACAAGGACUCCGAAGACAUGGAAUCACGGUAUUCACGAUCCUCAAACUACACACAACGUCGGCCGCCGCCAUUGCGACCGAGGGCUUGGACCGAUGAAAGCGAUCUGGGGGAGCCGGGCUCCCCCAUCCACGAAGACGGUGAUUACCCGUCGCCAAUGUCAUAUGCGCGUCCAUCGACGGCUCCGUUUCCAAGUGACGGACAAAUGUACCCAGCAUCGCCAGUCUCACCCCUAGCAGGGUACUACGACAUGAACCUCUGGCAAGGAGGUUCUGCCAUCCAAGACGGACCUGGCAUACCCCAUCCGCUAUACUCGAACCCUCCGUCCCCCUACGCCAGCCCAUCACCGUUCCCCUCGCCACACCAGACGCAAAAAAUCCACAUCCACCACAACAUAUCCAAACGCUCGCUCGAGAAACGCAAAAAGAACAACAAGGCCAAUGCGGGGCCACUAAACCCGUUUAAACGGCUAUACAGCAUGUUUCGAAAGAAACGGCAGUAACCCAUCGGAAAACCGCCCGCUUCUGCAGCAACACUCAUUUCAAUACCCUCACCGCUCCUUCAGCUCCAUCUGUCUUUUCUGAUUUAUUGCCCCCGCAGUAACUUCAGCUCUACUUGAUACUUUCGGCACCGCCACUUUCUCUCUUAUAUGCUGCGGAUCUGCUGCUCGCCUGCUUACCUGCCGUCUGGUCUGCAUGUGCAUAUGCAGCAUCCGUACAUGCAGAUAUGCAGCCAUGAUUUCCUCAAUUGCCCCAUUUUAUUGAUUGACCGACUGAUUGAUUGAUCCAUCGAUUCUUUAUGAGCCACACGUACCCUUCCCGUCUACCCUCCCCAUUGCUCUCCACUGUGGUUUCCAUCUCCGGGAUGUUUUUCCUUUGACAGGAAUCCCGCGUACUAAAGUUAUCCUUUUUCCAUUGUUGAUAUUGAAGACUGGGUUUC